GAAAAAGUGUUUCCCUUGUUUAAUGGCCCUUUGAGUCUUAUCUAAAAUCACAGUAGCAGCAAUGCCACUGCAAUCGCUCCCUCUCACAUCUUCAUUAUCUUCUUCUUCGCUUCUUCUUGAAUCUAAUCAUUCUUCAAGAUCAAGGUCUGGUUUAAAUUCGACAGUUUGUUGCUCUUCAUCUUCCAGAAACAAUUCUUAUAUACCAAAGCUCGAACCGUUCAGUAGAACCAAGUUUGAACGUGGCUUAAAAGACCCUCCUUUGAUUGAAAAAUCCGAAAACCAGCUUGCGGAGUACUGUUCAACUCUAGAAGGAGACGCUUCCUACAGCUGCUGGAAAGCAUAUUUUGAGCUCAAAGAUCUUGAAAAAGAGGCAUCAAAGGAAGAGAUAGAGAGGCUGAUAAUUGAAGCCGGUGGAGCGAAAUCUCUGAUUGGCUGCUUACACGGAAUUGCAGAGAUUCACAAAGCCAAAAAGGGGCUCCACAAAUCUGAGAAGAACUCAAAUUCUGAGCAAACAGGGACAUGGGCUCGUCCAGUCCCUGAUGGAUUGCCAAAGUCAAGGGAAGAACUUGAAGAAGAAGAGAGAGCCAGAAUGCCUGAUUCACCCUUCACCAGAUUGCUCAGGACAAAGGGAACAUGCCCUGCUUGGUACACCCCUGCACCUGAUUACUAGAUGUUGAGCUCAAAAAGUCAUCCGUGGCUUUCGUAGUAGACAUUGCAGGUGUUGUGUGAGUACGAAUAAAAGCUAGUGUUGGUAUUGUUGUACAUACCCUACAUACGGUCCAUCCAAGACUUCUCUAUUGUUUGGGCUUGUUUGCAAGAUUGCAAUAUAUGGCUACUCUGUAAUAUAUAUAUAUAUAUAUAUAUAUGUAUGUAUAUAAUAAUUUCAGAUAGUUUGAGUGAAAUGAAGGUUCAUUUUGCUUUGUGAUA